AUGGGAAAGAAGGAUCGACGCCGACGCCGCAGCAGCUCCAGCCCUCCGCGCAAGAAGGAGGAGAAGAACGAGAAGAAAAGAAGAAAGUCUUCGUCGGAACGGCCCAAGAAAGAAGGCAAGGCUGCGGAGGUGUCAGAUUCUGAGGCUUCACAAACGAAGAGCGUCGCCAAGCUCAUCCCAGCCGCUCAAGUGCAGAAGGCAAAAGAAGCCAAGGAGGCAGAAGCGUUGGCCCAACUGGAUGUCCCACUGGUUGUCAGCGGCUGCGCCAACAAAACCAUCAGCGAGAUCGUCAAAGGAACAUACUUCCGGCACGGCACCAACCAUGGUAAGCCUGUCUAUAAGAAGAAGCCGGAGGACACGCCCGAUGACGAUGACGAUUUAGAUGUGCUCAUCUACUACUGGGAUGAACGAGACGGUGACGAGAAUUGUGGUUGGUGGUUCAGUCCCAGUGUUGGCGGUGAGAUGGUCUGGGCGUACCAUCCGAGUCGCAAGGCGACGUCACCGCCGCCUGCAGAGUGGAACGUGCCCCACGACGGGCCUAUCGACAAAACCUUCACAGUGACUGCUGCACCGCAGCUCGCCAAAGAGAGCCAAAAGAGCCAGAAGAAGGAGGAACCGAGAGACAAGAAAGAUGAUGACGACGAUGAGGAGGAGGAAGAGGAGGAGGAGGAGGACGAAGAGGAAGAUGAAGAAGUCCCCAAACCGAAAGCAGCACCUUCCAAGGACGAAGGGUCUUCGGAAAGCGAAGCUCGUGCACGAGCGAGGGGCAAGAAGUCGGAGCGGGAAGACAAGAAGGACCCAAAGGAUCUCACGGCCGAGGAGCGAGAGCUAGAGCUGCAAGAAGCUGAGGAUCGACGACUCAUGGAGCAACUUCGUCAGAGAGAAGAGGCACGCAAAAAGAAGGCUGAAGAACUGCGGAUGCGGAAAGAACAGGAGAAGGUUCCGGCGGUUCCGGACAAAGCCGCAGACACAGCUCAAGGGAGAGCCUUUGAUGACAAAGAGGAGAAGAAGAAGAAGAAACAGCGGGAAAAGGACCAGAAGAAGAAGGACAAGGAGGACAAGCGCAAGAGAGAGGAAGAGGACGAGCGCGAGCGUCUGCGAAAGGAUCGUGAGAGGGAAGAGGAGCGUCGUCGGAAAGAAGAAGAUGAGAAGCGACGGAAGAAGGAGGAGGAGGAGGAGGAGCGCCGCCGCCGCAAAGAGGAGGAGGACCGACGGCGAAGAAAGGAAGAAGAGGACCGACGCAAGGAAGAGGAGGAGCGCCGAAGGAAGAGGGAGGAGGAAAGGCGUGAAGAGGAAGAACGCGAGCGACGCCGGCGCAAGGAGGAGGAGCGCAGGGAAGAGGAGGAGAGAGAAGAAAGGAGGCGCCGGAAAGAAGAGGAGGAGCGACGGCGGCGCAGAGAAGAGGAGGAAGAGCGUCGGCUUCAGGAGGAGCGCAGAAGGAAGCGGGAAGAAGAGGAGGAAGAGGAGCGGAAGCGGCGCCGCGUUCUUGAGGAGAAGGAGGAAGCGGAGCGUGCCCGUCGGAAAGAGCAGGAGCGGGUCGAGCGCCAAAAGAAGGAGGAAGAGCGCCGGAAGCACGAGGAGAAGAUGCAGCGGAAGCUGGAGGAGCGUCGCCGACGAGAGGCUGGCGACAGCGGCCGAGACCGCGAGCGUGACCGAGACCGGGACCGGGACCGCGGGGACCGAGACCGCGCGGACCGGGACCGCGGGGACCGGGACAGGGACCGCGGCGACCGCGGCGACCGUGGCGACCGCGGCGACCGCGGCGGCCGCGAGAGGGACGUUCGCGACAUGUCGGAAAGCCAGCAACGUGACGUGCGCAAGGAGAAGGAGAAGCCAGAGGAUAAGCAGCAGAAGGCAAUCCAGGCAGUAGUCGCGUGCUUUCACCGGAUGUCUGGGGUGAACCUUGCCAACUUCGACAGCUUGAAGGCUGAUUUCGAGCGCAUCAUGGCCUCGGAGCUCCCUUACACGGGCGAGAAAGAGACGACGUUACGCGAAGAAGCGGGCCGAGUCUUGAGCUCCGCAGAAGAGACCGUCGCAAAGGAGAAAGUUGCCCGUGAAGAGGAGCUCAAGCGCCGGGAAGAGGAAGAGAAGGUCCGCCUCGAGCAAGAGGCGAAGUCAAAGCGGCAGCAAGCAGCCAACCUGAAUGUUCUGAAGGCCUUGCAGAAGCUUUCGGACGCGACGCCCGAGAACUGGGCGAUGAUGAGCGCCGAGUUCCAGGAGGUGAUGCGCACGGAGCUCCCGGACACGGGGGACCAGCGCGAGGCCUUGCAGGCGGAGGCUGACCGGGUCUUCCAGUACGCGCAGCAGUACGUGAAGCAGAUGGAGGAGAGGCUGAAAGAGCAGGAGGAAAAGGAACGAAUCCGCUUAGAGGAACUUAAGGUCAAGGAGCAACAGGCUCGGUCGGUUCUGACCGAAGUCGAGGCUUGCCUUGGAAAGGCCGAGGAGGAGGCACAAAAGGCACGGACCGUCUCGGAGCAGCUCUACCAGCUCUCGACACAAAAUCAAAGCCCACAAACAAGCCAAGGGAGCGGCGCAGCCAGUGGCCGUGACGCGUUGCUCUCCAGCUUCCCCAAAGGCGCAGAGGAAGCGCUGCGACAAGGCCGUGUCUGUGGCAAGCUUGGGGCCCUGGCGCAGCAAAGUGCGGAAGGUGCCUGGAAGUUCCUUGAAGGGCACAAGAUGGCGCUGCUCGAAGUGGAGACGUUGCGACAAGAAAUGCUGGUUUUCGUGCAGCGAAGCGAGGCCCGCUUGCAGCAGUGCCAAAUGGCCGCCCAGCAAGCCUUGAAAAUGUCUUCGGAGAGCCGCGAGCGGAUCCAGAACAAUGCCGCGCCCAUGCUCUGGGACCGAAAAUCGGGCGAUAUCUUUAGGAGCUACGACCAGGACGAGGACGGCUUCCUGUCCCGAAAUGAAGUCCUGAACUUUGCCAGACUCGAGUAUGGUUUCGCCAUCCCAGCCGCAAGCCUGGAUCGGAUUUUCCAGCAGCUCACGCUGCCCGGAGCACCCGGCUUGGAGCCGACUCGCUUCCAGCAACUGCGGACCGCCGUGGGCAUUGCACGCUUCGAGUCUCGGAAGAAGCAAGAGAAGCAAGAGAAGCAGGAGAAAAGCGAGGAGAAAAGCGAGAACCCGCUAGAGUCCGAAGCCCUGAAGGUGGAAGCAGAGUACCAGGAGUAUCUGAAACAGCGCAAGCGAAGUGUCUCAGCAGAGGUCGAGGCCAUUGCCUGGUCGGAUCUUGAAAAGAAGGUGGUGGAAGUGGAGUCUGCCUCAGCAGCUUUCGUGAAGGCUUCCUCGGAAAGCCCGGAGGAGCUCCAGCGCUCCGAGGCCGCUCUGGAUGCUGCCCUCCAAGCAGCCAGGAACGCCGUGCCGGGCUUCCUCAGCCACCUGCGCGCUCUCCGUCACAGUGUCAUGCAGCUCGUACUGGUUCAGCCCAAGGCUGCAGAGAAGCCGCCCAAGAAAGAAGGGAGAGAAGGGAAAGAAGGGAAAGAAGGGAAAGAUGAGCAGGAGCCGGCGAAGCCUGAGAGCGCAGAGACGCAGGAAGCGCCGGACGCGGAGCCCAAGAAAGAGCCGAAGGACGUUGAGCCAAAGGACUCUGCUGCGGACUCUGCAGAGCUGAAGGAGCUGAAGGAGCUGCAAGAGAAGCUUCGGCAGCUGUCGCUUCGCCUGUCGAAGCUCGAAGCUCGCAUUGUUCUCGCUGAACGCCGCGCCUCUGAGGGCCGUAAAGUUACCGCCCGCAUUGCGGCUUUGAAGGUCGAGGAGGUGCGGAUGGAGGUCGCCAUGAAGCUGCGGCAGUGCAUUGAGCAGCUGGGCGGCAAAGCCGUGGACCUCUUUCAGAUCAUUGCCAAGGGAGAGGACGUGGCCUCCGUGGAAGAGGCCCACGCCUUCCUCAAGGAGAACAACUGCGACGUCGAAGUGGAGAAGCUGGCACGCGCCUUUGCAGCUUGCAAGACCUCUCAAGAGGCUGCAUUACAGGCCGUCAAAGUCAGCCGCGAGGAGUUUGCCAGGAUCAUCCGCGUGGUCUACGAGGUCAAGCGGGAGGUGAACCUCACAGAGAGUUUGGCCAUCGGUCCGGCCAUGAGGGCCCUGGAGGUGGGAGAGCUCGUCGAGGUCCACGCCGGGCCGAGGGCCGAGCCGUCACCCGAGGGGCUGCAGCGGAUCCACGCGCGCGCCCUGUCGGACGGCGUGCUGGGGUGGGCCACCCUCUCGAGCAGUGAGGGGCCUUACCUCGAACUCGUGAGGAACGGAGCCGGUCAGAUGUGA